UAGUCUGUCGGGAUAUCCAACACCAACAGUAGGGCUUAUUGAGAGCUCCAUUUCUGGAAAGCGUUGCAAGACUGAGGAAUAUCAGACUGCGAAUCACUGGGAACGGUUCCCUUGCAGCACAGAAGCAAUCUCUCUCCCCAUCUUCGCAUAUUCUGAUGGCAAAUCAAAGGGAAGAAAAGAGGAAGCAUGACUGCAGAUCGGUUCACUUCUCUUUAUGGAUUAAAUUUUCAGUAAAAUGUAUGGAUCUAUCUUUUCCUUGUUCUUAUAUCUAGAUCAUGAGACUUGACUGAGGCUGUAUCUUUAUCCUCCAUCCAUCUAUGGCGAACUAUAGCCAUGCAGCUGACAACAUUUUGCAAAAUCUCUCGCCUCUAACAGCCUUUCUGAAACUGACUUCCUUGGGUUUCAUAAUAGGAGUCAGCGUGGUGGGCAACCUUCUGAUCUCCAUUUUGCUAGUGAAAGAUAAGACCUUGCAUAGAGCACCUUACUACUUCCUGUUGGAUCUUUGCUGUUCAGAUAUCCUCAGAUCUGCAAUUUGUUUUCCAUUUGUAUUCAACUCUGUCAAAAAUGGCUCUACCUGGACUUAUGGGACUCUGACUUGCAAAGUGAUUGCCUUUCUGGGGGUUUUGUCCUGCUUCCACACUGCUUUCAUGCUCUUCUGCAUCAGUGUCACCAGAUACUUAGCUAUCGCCCAUCACCGCUUCUAUACAAAGAGGCUGACCUUUUGGACGUGUCUGGCUGUGAUCUGUAUGGUGUGGACUCUGUCUGUGGCCAUGGCAUUCCCCCCAGUUUUAGAUGUGGGCACAUACUCAUUUAUUAGGGAGGAAGAUCAAUGUACCUUCCAACACCGCUCCUUCAGGGCUAAUGAUUCCUUAGGAUUUAUGCUGCUCCUUGCUCUCAUCCUCUUAGCCACACAGCUUGUCUACCUCAAGCUGAUAUUUUUUGUCCACGAUCGAAGGAAAAUGAAGCCAGUCCAGUUUGUAGCAGCAGUCAGCCAGAACUGGACUUUCCAUGGCCCUGGAGCCAGUGGCCAGGCAGCUGCCAAUUGGCUAGCAGGAUUUGGAAGGGGUCCCACACCACCCACCUUGCUGGGCAUCAGGCAAAAUGCAAACACCACAGGCAGAAGAAGGCUAUUGGUCUUAGAUGAGUUCAAAAUGGAGAAAAGAAUCAGCAGAAUGUUCUACAUAAUGACUUUUCUUUUCCUAACCUUGUGGGGCCCCUACCUGGUGGCCUGUUAUUGGAGAGUUUUUGCAAGAGGGCCUGUAGUACCAGGGGGAUUUCUAACAGCUGCUGUCUGGAUGAGUUUUGCCCAAGCAGGAAUCAAUCCUUUUGUCUGCAUUUUCUCCAACAGGGAGCUGAGGCGCUGUUUCAGCACAACCCUUCUUUACUGCAGAAAAUCCAGGUUACCAAGGGAACCUUACUGUGUUAUAUGAGGGAGCAUCUGUAAAUCUUUAGCCUUGUGAAACACUAACCUUCUCUGCUAAGCAAUUGUGGCCUGUAGCCAUAUCUUGAGAAGAAAUUCAAGAAUGGGCUCGGCGGUUAUAAGGAUUUGGGCAAAAUUCUGCAGUCUUUGCAAUAGUUCAUCUAUAAUCCUAUUUUAAAUCUCAGAGUGAUCCUGCUGACAGCCGGCGAAGGUUUGUAAUUAAGGAAGGACUGAACCACUGCCCUAAGUUUCUUUAUGUGGUUGAAAACUAGAUAAUGAAAGUAGCAGGUGCUAAGUAUCAGUGCUAAAUGCUGUGUACAUCACUACAUAUGAACAAAAAAUCAAAAACAAUUAGCAUUGGACAUCUUAAUAAAUUAAGUUGACAUGAGGUAAUUGUGUUGGUAAAAACUAAUUUUAGAAGUUUGAAGACUUUAAAACAUUUCAUACUAUUAUUGUUUUGCAAAGACUAAAAUAUCUGGGGACUUAAAGUACUGUAAUCCACUAAAGACGUGCCAUGAAUUAUUGGAAUAUCACACUUUAAAAAUUGCCUCGUAAGUUUUGGGGAGCAUUCCAGAGCAGUAUAUUGGUUCUAAUUAGAGUUUACUUUUUUGUAUUAAUACAUUACUAUUUCUAAAUACCACUUUCCUUACCUACUAGUGAAAUUGCUAGCAUUGAACUGUAUUAUGUGGUUUUCGUUGAUUUGGUAUAAAGUUUUUUCCAAUUCAUCUAUAUUUUACAAAUGCUAGAUAUUGGUCUGGGAGGCAACAUUUAUGGUACCAGCCAGUCACAACUGAGCAGUUCUGAUAAUGCAGAAUAAACACAUGUUGCCUUAAAGGGUUAUCUAGUAUCCAUCUUAGUUAGCUUUGGAGCAAACAGUCAAGGGAAAUCGAAUCAGUAACUGGUCAUGGUUAUGCAUCUGGAAGUGCAUGGAAGAUCAUUUAAUACUUUUUUCCUUUUUACUCACAUGGUUUGAAAAUUAAGGUGCACAUCACUGGAAUAAUGAGAUUUUCUUCUGAGGUGUGCUACCCAUUCUAGAGUGUUCUAAGAAGCAGGCAGUUGAUGUAUGUUUAUAUUUUAAAUCAACUGUCAAUGGGAGACCACAGCCUUAGUAUGACAUCCUGCACAAUUUGUGAAGCAUUUAUUCUACCGAAGGCACAGUCUUGUUUAUACUUUUUGCACAUUCAGUGUAUUGGUCGUUUAAAUUAUUUCAGUUUUAACUUGUGAAAGCUUAUAAUAUGAUUUCUGGUAUUUUAGAAAUACAUUAGAGUCUGUGAGUCUCAUUCUUUAAGGUACAGAUUGUGAACUUCAAUAUAAAGUUGCAUUUGCCAAAAUUUACCUGUGUAGCCUGUUAAUUUUCUUGGAAUAAAUUUAACAUUUUUGCAUAUAAUUUUUUUUUAAACGCGGGAGUCAAGCACAAACUAGGAAAACUAGCUUUAUUAUGAUUUGGUUUUUUGGUUUUUUAUUUUUGUAGCUACUAUAUUCUCAAACUGGAACUUUGUGAAUGAUAGCAAGCAUAAAACUGAUAAAAUGCCAUAUUAUCUGUAAAAGCAUUGUUUGGUAGUUUAUUAUAUCAUCCCUCUAUUUACUCUCACAUGCCAGUAGUAUUUAGAGAUGCAUACCUGCUUAGUUGGUUGAUUUAGAAUUUUAAUAUAAACAUCACACUUUAAUCUAGGGCAUAGGAGAAAUUUGGGGUUCUAAAUAUAUAACUUGUAAGAAGAAUGGUUUACAAUAACAUUAUGAUAAAACCAGAAAAAAUUAUUAUUUCUGUUUGCUUUCUAUUAUUUUGUUUGUUUGCUUUGUUUUGUUUUGGGUUUUUUUGUUUUUUUGGGGUUUUUUUUGUGGUUUUCUUUUUCUUUCUUUCUUUUUUUUUGUAUUUGAAAAAUAAGAUUAGGAAUCUAAUGGAACAGAAUUCCUUAUUGCUAUAGUACUUCUGUAAAAAGAAUAUAAAUAUAAAUAAGAAAAAAUAAAUCACUGAAAUGUUUCAAUG